AAAUUCUUAGCCAAUGUAAGAGAAAGAGAAAUUGUGAGUGUGUUGUGUCUAACGGCCCAAGUCUAACGUUGUGGAGCAUAGAAGAGAAAGGGAUGAUAUUGAACUGUGUUAGAGUGACAGCUAUGCCUAUGAUGGCUGUUCCUUCAUGGAGAUCCACGUGCUGCUGCGCUUCUUCUUCUUCUUCUUCUUCAGUUUCAACCAUCAACACUGACCAACUUCGUUCUCAACUUGAUCACCUUCAUUCAGAGGCUGACGCCACCAGAGCCAAGGCAACUAAUGCUAGAUUGAGGUUUCUGCGACUGUCAGAGGUUGCAGAGAAGCUUCAAAAGCAAGCAGCUAUAAGCAUUCAAAAGGGGCAGGAAAAUUAUGCAAGGGAAAUGCUUUUUCAGAGGAAGAAAGUGUUGCAGGCUUUAGACAAGUCUAAAAGACGCAUUGAAGUGCUCGAUGAGCUUUCCUCCAAGCUAAGUGAGGCAAUAUCUUUGAAAGAAAGUCAGCUAAUUGGAAAUGUUACUGUGAAAAUUGAAGACACAACAGAAGAUGCUUCAAGUCCAGUUCGAAUUAUUGCUCCAAAGGAGGAAGUUCAAAAUAAUGUCACUAAGGAUGAGUCAGAUCCUGAUACGGCGGAAUUUGGUGGUGAUAUUCAAGAUGUGCAACUUUCUAUCGAAAGUGAAGGAAGUUCACUGGAUGAUAAGGAGACUCAGCAUCUUCUGGAAUCCCUUAGUAUCAGCACUCCAAAUGAAGAAAAUAUAGCCAGAAACUCGUCAGAAAUAUCCUCUUAUGAGGACUUCAUGGAAUAUAUAGAUCUAAAACUCAGUGAAAUUGAAGCUGAACUAGUGACUGUUUUGAAUGUCUCAACCUUGGUACUGGAUAAUGAAGAGAGAGCAAAGAAUUCUAGGUUGCAACAAACAAUUGAACUCCUUGACAGCAUCCAUGGCAUUAGACAGAGAAUUAGAAAUACUAAGGAGGCAAAAGUGAGGAUCUGAUCAAUUUUGUUUUGCUCGACUCAUCUUCUGCUUCCAGCAAUUUGCACAAAAAGCUUCGUGAAAUGUUGAGAACAAAAAAUGUAUUCUUAACUAGACUGCAUAAAUUUCUGUGUGAACUAAUGUACUAUGAAAUGUCUCAUGCAUGCUAUUUUAAGCGUCUUAGUUUGAAGUAAGGCAUGUUCAACUCAGGCCUCCAUGAGUGAAAGGGUUGAAUUUUUAUUAACAACUAAAAAGGUUAACCUAAAGUUAACUUCACUUACAAAUUUACUUGCUCACAAACCCACUCGUGGCAGCCAUCACAGAGUAGAGUACCUUCUUCUCCGAGUGUAAGGUACCUUUAUGCAAAAAACAUUUUCAAAAUUUAUUCAGAGUAGGGUACCACUGUAAUCCAAAUUUAUAUUCUUUUAACAUUGAGGUAUGACAUCACAUCAAGAAACAAAUAGAACUAGUACUACGAAGUACAAAUAAUAAUGGGCACCCGUGAUCUUAUGCUUUUCAAUUUUCACAAGUAUCGGUGCAAGUAAUGGCCAAUGCUUCUAUAGUUCUAUUCACCGAAUAUCCGUAUUUCAUGCAUAUGGGCAAGUGACAGCAAAUGGUUGGUAAUGAUGUGCAAUACACUUAUAACGUUUGACCAAAAAAAAUAAAAUAAAUAAAGGAUGAGAUAACACUAAGGUUAUCUUUUGUGGCCUGAUGAUGGUCUCAGGUUUUAGUAGCAGAAACAGUCACUCUACAAUAGUGGUAGUCUCGUAUAUUGCUCCUGCCCUUUUAGAAGAGAUGUUUGGAUUUAAUAGACAGUUUCCAUGAGGUCAGCAAGAGUAAUCUUGCCAUACAUGCCAUGUUCCAAGGAAUCAAAUUGUUUGCUUAUGUCUAUUUCAGUAAUCUUCCCCAUUUGCUAAAGCUUGUAUAUGACAAAGUCAGACUUGCUGCACCAGUACAACUAAAAUAGUUAACAAAAAUGAAUGAAAGUAAUAUAACUUAGUAGUCAGUAUUCUCUAUUGAACUGAAAAUUUCUGCGUCACCUCUGCAUGCAGAUUGAGGCCUAUUGGCUCAACCAGGUAAUCUAUUUUGCUACGUUGCCUUCUCAUUUGCUCAAAUUAGCACGUAAAUUUCUAUAUUGCGACAUAUAUGUUUCGAAGACAUUGUAAACCAACCAUAGUGGAGUUAUGUCAUUAUGCAUCCUAAGAACCCGAACCGUUGACGCUUGAACUGAGUACAUGUUCCAUCAUCAAUCAUUUAGCUACAGAUAGUUCCUAACUAAGGUCAUUCUGUUGUUUUGUUUAACUCGGACGGAAGAGGGUGAAAUCAUAUGGCCAUAAGAGAGAUGUGAAAGGACUUUUAAUUAAGAAGAUACAAAUUUACAGUAGAGCGUUGGGACAAAAGUGAAAGAUGUUUUUUUUUUUUAUUUAUCCUCUUCUACAACAUGAUAAAUUCUUGAUUUAAAAUAAAGCAUACCUGAUUG